UCUUGAUGUUGGUUCAGUAUUAUUGGAGCGUUGCUGCUGUGCACGUUCAAUGAGAAAGACGUCCAGUCGAACACGUCGCUCGCUGUUUAAUAGAUGUGGGUGUUGUUUGCAUAUUUAUCAGGUACCAUUUUCUCAUUUUCUUGCUGUUUUCUCUCCCCCCCACAGGGCCAUGUAGGUACAACAUCAACCAAAAAAAUUGACGUCUACCUCUCAAUGCAGUCGGGCCCGGAGAAGCUGCACCCGAUGACUGUGGUGACGAUGGGCAACGCCAGAGUGCAGGACCUGAUCGGGCUGAUCUGCUGGCAGUACACCAGCGAGGGACGGGAGCCCAAGCUGAAUGAGAAUGUAAACGCUUACUGCCUCCACAUUGCUGAGGAUGACGGGGAAGUGGACACAGACUUUCCUCCACUCGACUCCAACGAACCCAUUCACAAGUUUGGCUUCAGCACCCUGGCGCUGGUGGAGAAGUACUCCUCGCCUGGGCUGGCAGCAAAACAGUCGCUCUUUGUUCGAAUAAAUGCUGCCCAGGGUUUCUCCCUGAUUCCAGUGGAUAGCAUGAAGGUCACCAUGAAAGAGAUCCUCCAGAAAGCUCUGAAGAAGAGGAAAGGAUCGCAGAAGGGUUCAGGUGAGGAGUCUCGUUGGAAAGGCAAAAUUUGAGCCUACCUUCUGUGUGUGCUUUUCAAACAGGCUGAGUUUUGUCUCGGCACUCAGGGCUGUAGUUAUAAUACUUCACAUUGGUUUAAAGCAACGUGCUGCUAAAAUACAUGCUUUUUAGCGCCGCUGUGCAUAUAUAUAGCGCCGCUGAAAAACAUCUGGGGGGCAAUUCAUUUUUGGAUUUGCGUAAUACUAAUCCCACUCUUUCUUUUGAUAAAUGCAGCUGUCAUUGUCCAGUGCUAGGACCUCCUUGCAGGGAUGGCAGUAAGACCCACUGGGCAGCACUUUGAGCUAUUUCAGGCUUUACAAUGAGUCUCAUUGGUCAAACAAGAGCCUAUGACUGACUGAUGUGACUAAUUAGGAUCUCGGUAAAGCCAUGAAUGGGCCGAACUGCUGUGCAAUGGGAGUCUUGCUGUUUUAUACUAGGCUGGAUAUAAAGAGUGUGCUUCUGUCUGGGUGCAGUCAGGCACAGGCUGCAGUGUUUGAGUGGUACAGGGAUGGAGACUUGAUUUUAAACGGCAUCUGUAAUCUGGGCCUUCACAAAGGUUAAUGCUAGAUGUGCAUAAGCUAGCACUUAAAUAUUGUCUGGACGGAUUGGAGAGGUGGGAGGGGAAUGAGAUCCAUAAUAGUUAGACACUAUCAAGAGUAAAAUUCAGGUUUUAUUAAAAGUUGGACGUGAGGAAUAACGCACAGAAGGACACUGAUAGAGCUGUCUCGAGGCCAUAUUUCCAGCCAAUGAUAAGACUCUGCAAAGGGAGGGGAUAAAAUUGUUGAGCCAUGCAGCCGAGGCAAUAAAAAUCAGAUUCGCUUAUAGAAAGGGGGAAAAAAAAAAAAAAAAAAAAGCAGGAACGGGAGAAGUCGGCUGGGGGCAGGAACAGGAUGAGACCUGCAAGCGUCUGCAAGCGAUUUGGCUGCCUGCCAGAAGCCAUUGUUCACCCUCAGCUGUGGCAGCACAGUCCAGAUGUGCCAGCGACACGUUUCGGGUUUUGCCAGCUGACUGCGCCGUUUGAUAACCCGCUCUCUGGAUGCCCAUCACCGGCCGCAGAGAUGGAAUUAAAUGAUGAUGAUCUCCCCACAGGUUGGGAGAGGAAACAAUGCAUAUAAAUCUUGAUUUCAUCCCAGCGUGAGAAGUCUUUAUCCAUCAUUACUCAUAAUGAACAAGUCGUUAGCCGCGAUGAAUGGCGCUCUGGGUACCCUUUCACCAGCGUUGCUUUUGUUCAGCUUUUCAGGUGACUCUACGCCCUUUCUAGGGGUCAUAUACACCCCCACCCCCACCCCCCCUUAAAACCGACAGAUAGCACCUUUGUUUUGUCUGGGGUCUUCUUAAACACCAGUGAGCAUAGCAUGCUUCUUUCUUUUUUCUUUGUUUUUUUUUUUAAUCCCGAUGGUUGUGCAUCAAUCCCUUUUGAACAGGUUCUCUGCACUUCUGCACUUCUAAUAGAAUUACGUCUUUUUAGACUUCCACACCAUUUGACCUGUU